AUGGCUUUCGUUCCUACCCUCCGCCGUGCCGCGGCCGCGGCCUCUAGCUCUACCUUCGCGCCCAAGAUCGACAUCACCCGUCGUGUUGCUGGCUUUGACAUGGCCAGUGCCAUUCGGGCUGGUACUCUUGCCGCUUCUUUCGGUGUCUUCGCCGGUACCGCCGCUCUCUUCAUGUUCGGCGAGGUUCCCCGUGUGCGCCGUGAUAUCCUCCAGAAGGUUCCCUUCCUGGACACCUACUUUGACCGCACCGUUGCCCCCGAGGACAACCCCUUCUAA